AUGGCACGAGAUGGCAACGUCGUGCGGGUGUCAGCGCCUGGAAAGUUGCUCCUGUUUGGUGAACACGCUGUAGUUUAUGGUGUACCCGUGGUAGCGGCAGCAUUGUCAGAUCUACGUAUUGAAGCAGAGAUUACUCGCAUUCACGUGCCUGGAGCUGUUACGCCGACUAUCGAGUUUUUAUGCAACGACAUUACGUCUACACGUGAUAAACAACCACUGCGACGGGCGUAUACGACUUUUGAGCUACAGAAAGUGGUAAAUGGACUUGAGGAUGAGGUUUAUUAUGUGCCAUUUCCGGCGCAAGAAGUGAUGAUGCGCAUUGAAAACGUGCUCAAGAACGAAACAUCUGUAGAUGCUAUGGCACUACGAGCUCCAAUCUUCUUGUGCUGUGCUCUGCUACGUUCGUCUGGUUUUCUGAGCGGUACUAAAGGAGGACUCCUUGUGAAAGUUGCAACGUGCAACUUGCCUAUUGGUGCAGGACUGGGCUCCUCGGCUGCGAUGUCUGUGGCUCUUUCGGGAGCAUUUGCUGAACUGUCUGGCAGCCCUCGUAACCUCGAGCUAGAAUUCAUCAAUGCGUACGCUUUUGGUGCGGAAGUAAUUUUGCAUGGAUCGCCUUCGGGUGCAGACAACACAGUGUCAUGCUUUGGUGGUACUUUGCUCUUCCAGAAACAUUUGGGUCCCUCUUUCCGUCGCAUUCAGUGCCAGCUGAACAAGUUCCGAUUUCUCAUAGUCAAUACGUGCGUCCCUCGUUCUACAAGGGAACAAGUUGGAAAUGUCAGGAAGCGCUACGAAGCUGAUCGUGAAAAUGUCCAGAAGCAAUUCGACACUAUUCAGCAGAUUGUGGAGAAAUUCGUUGCGCUCAGUGAGCAAAAGGUGCUGUGCGAGGAAGUCCUUGGUCAAGCAAUUGAACACAACCAGAAAAUAUUGAACGAUCUUGGAGUAGGCCAUCAACAAAUUGACGAGGUGGUCCGUAUCUGUAAGCAAUUUCAUGGAGCUACAAAGUUGACUGGUGCAGGUGGUGGUGGCUGCACGAUCUCUCUCUUGCCGCGGAGUCUGACCAACGAAGAUUUGGCCAAGCUUGUUAUGCAGUUGGAAGCGAAGGGGUUUGAGUGCUUUGAGAGUGCAAUCGGGGGCCCAGGCUUGAUACGUGCUUAG